UAGUAGUAGCACAAUUCACAAAAUCCGAAAAGAAAAAAAAAAAAAAAAAAUCCAUUAUUUAUAGCCCUACGCCGGCGACGAUGAUUGCUUACCUGGAACCGUUUAUACAGGACACCGAUUCCCGCCGGCCCCACGACGGGUCCUCUCUGUGCGAGGCUCUAGAGCUUCAACUACAAGGCGGCGUCAGCACCGACUCACGGGACACUGGUUUAGCCGGUAAGGAUUUCGGGGGACUACAUUCAAUAACACCGUUGGCUUUAGUGAGACCAGCCGGCGCGGAUGAUGUGGCGAAGGUAGUGAAAUCGGCUUUACAGUCAUCUAAUCUGACGGUGGCGGCGAGGGGUAACGGUCACUCAAUCAACGGCCAGGCGAUGGCAGAUCAAGGGCUGGUUGUGGACAUGCGUGCGAUGGAGGAUCAUUUCCGUAUCGUCCAGAUUAAUGGACUGACCUACGCCGACGUAUCGGGAGGGGCAUUAUGGGAAGACGUCUUGAAACGCUGCGUUUCGAGUUAUGGAUUGGCUCCCAGGUCUUGGACUGAUUACCUUAGCUUAACCGUCGGUGGGACUUUGUCGAACGGCGGCGUUAGUGGCCAGGCCUUCCGGUACGGCCCACAAAUUUCCAACGUGGCUGAAUUAGAAGUCGUGACUGGAAAAGGGGAUAUUCUAAUCUGUUCCGAACAUGAAAAUUCGGAAUUGUUUUUUAGCGUUCUCGGCGGUUUGGGUCAGUUUGGAAUCAUCACAAGAGCUCGUGUUUUGCUUCAGCCAGCGCCGGAUAUGGUACGGUGGAUUAGAUUGGUUUACGAUGAGUUCGAAACGUUCGCCGGCGAUGCUGAAUCCUUAGUACGGCGGCCGGAAGGCGACUCGUUUGAUUACGUGGAAGGCUUCGUUUUUUCCAACAACGACGACCCAUUGACCGGAAGAUCCACAGUGCCGUUAGCCUCCGGUGCUAUCUUCGACUCAUCUCAUUUACCGGAAACCGCCGGUUCGGUUCUCUACUGCCUCGAGGUCGCCGUCCACUACCGGAACAACGACCAAGUCUCAACCGUGGACACGGAUGUUGAGAGGUUGUUGAGUGGGCUUGGGUAUGUGAAGGGGCUGAGAUUCCAGGUGGACCUCAGCUACGUACAAUUUUUGUCACGUGUGAAGCGUGCGGAGGAGGAAGCAAUCGCCAACGGCGUUUGGGAUGCUCCUCAUCCUUGGCUUAACCUCUUCGUGUCGAAAUCAGACAUCGUUAAUUUUGAUCGUGCGGUGUUCAAGACCCUCCUAAAAAAUGGAGUCGGUGGGCCCAUGCUCGUCUAUCCUCUUCUGCGUAGCAGGUGGGAUUCUCGGACCUCGGUGGCAUUACCAAAAGGUGAAGUGUUCUACCUAGUGGCGUUACUACGAUUCACUCCACCAAAUCCGAGACUUGCAUUGGUUGAUAAGUUAGUGGAACAAAAUCGAGAAAUUGUCAAUAUAUGUCAUGUGAAUUGCAUCGACUUCAAGCUCUAUUUGCCACACUACUAUUCAGAAAAAGAGUGGAAGCUUCACUUUGGAAAUCAAUGGAGCAGAUUCGUGGAGAGAAAAACAUUGUUUGAUCCAAUGGCCAUCCUUGCUCCAGGUCAAAAGAUCUUUGCUCGAGAUUUCUUGAUCUCGAAUUGUUGGCUUCAAAAGCAAACUUAGCCUAUCAACUUGAAGCUUAUUCUUUUGCUCAAAGAUGCAAAGUGAUUUGACUUGGAUAGCAUGCUUCCUUUGUAAAAAAAGUUGACCCAAAAGACAAAUAGUGCCAUGGAUUUUGUAUCCAAUUGAAAUGUUGUCGAGAGCUCAUUGGCUCAAGGUGCCUAUCAAUGCAAUUCAAUGGUAGGCGCCACCAUUGCCACAA